AUGCCAAAGCGUAACCAUGAAGAAAUUGUUUUUGAUGACGGAGAGGAUGAGGACAGUGAAGAAGAUCCUAUAGCCAUUGGAGAUGAAGAAGACGAUGAUGAGGGUAAUAAAGAUCUUAGCUUGAAGAUAUUAGAGAAAGUGUUAUCGAGGAGUGAUUUCAAUGAUUCAAAGGAGACAAGAAUGUCAGAUCUAUCCGGUUCUGGUGUAGUAAGUACUGUGAUUGUCAAUGGAGGAAACUCAAAGAGUAGUAAGAAGAUGAGGAACCAAUCCAGAGAUGCCCACGAAAUUUCCAUUGGUUCAAAAGUCCAAAGUAAGGAUAAGAUGGUGGAAGAUUUAACAAAAGGAAAAGAUGAUGAGGUUAAGGUUGAGAGAUCUGCUGAACCGAAAGCUGGAGAAAUAUCUAGUAAUAUGGUUUUGAAAAAGCUUCUGCGUGGAGCGAGGUACUGCCCUCCUGAUGCUGGGCAGAAUUGUUAUAGUUGUGGGGAGCAAGAUCAUGUAACUGUUAAUUGUCCAACUACAAUCAAGAGUAGGAAGCCUUGCUUUAUAUGCGGGAGUUUGGAUGGUGCAAAGCAGUGUUCAAAGGGACACGAUUGUUAUAUUGGCAAAAAUGGUGGCCACGGGGCAAAAGAUUGUCCGGAUAACUGCAAAAGUUGGUCUAAGACAGCCAUAUGUUUAAGAUGUGGAGACUCUGGACAUGACAUGAUUUUGUGCAAGUAUGAGUCCUCCCAUGAUUAUUUAAAGGAUAUACAUUGCUAUGUCUGUAAAAGAUUUGGCAAUCUAUGCUGUGUUGAACCGGGUAACUCACUUAUCGGAUGUGGUCAGCUGGGUCACAUUGGACUGGCUGGUGGUAGGUACUAUGAGGAAAGCACCAAAAAAGAUUCUGCUAGUUCAUGCUUUAGGUGUGGGGAAGAAGGGCAUUUCUCAUGUGAAUGCUCGAAUUCCUCGAGCAUUAGCACUUCACAUGGCAAAGACUCACCUAGUUUAUGCUACAGAUGUAAUGGAGCUGGACAUGUUGCUCGUGAAUGUCUGAUUUCCUCUUAGGUCUCUAAGAGGAAUCGUGAGCUAUCUACUCCAUCAGAUAAAUCUAACAAGAGAAAUACACAAAACUCGGAACACACUCCAACUCCCCAUGAAUCCAACAGGAAGACGAAGAAGAAGAAGAAGAAAACACAUAAAGGAGAACAUGGAGAACAUCCGCAAACUACACUACAGAAACCAAAACUGAGAAGCGGUUAGAUGAUAAAUGAUCUGGAAGACUAUUCUUUCUAAAGAGGAAAUAUCAGGAGGCCAAAGUCUCCUAUUACACCAUCAGGUCAUAACCAUCAUAGGUUACCCACGACAUAUAUGGGUCAUUUUCAUAACCAUAGAUCACCAACAUUUAGUUCUAGUGGUCAUUAUCCAGGUUCUCAAUCAACCACAUCAUAUGGUAGAAACCAUAGAAAUUCAUCAUACGAGUCUAGUGGGCAUCUCUCGGAUCAUCCGCAUUCAAUGUGGCAACCUCAUUAUCCUUCUCCUUCUCAUCAUCAUCAUCAGAUUCACAGAUAUGCACCUGCACCCUCAAGUUAUGGUCCGGUUCACCACUAUAGCGAGUUUCCAGAGAACUAUGGUCGCUGGUAG